AUGGUGGAAUCAACCCAAACAUCGAAGAAUGCCGCAAAGAACAUGAGCAAUAUUGUUUCCAUCAAUAAAGAUCAACCAGCAGGAGAGGUCGGUCGAAAAGAUAGGUCCAAUGCAGCUCCGGGUCCAGAACCUGUCGAUAAGAGCACAGGUGGCGAGUUGGAUUUCGAAGAAGACGAUAUCGUGGAAUCUAACCUUAAAGGAGAUGUACCUAGUGGAGAGGAUCCCAAAUUCCUUGAAUUAAUAAGAGCUACUCCAAGUCAGUAA